CAUGUCGCCGCUCCCCCCUCUUUCCUUCCACCCCUCCGCCCUGGUGGGCGCAAAAGCCGCCGGAGCCGCCUCCGGAUUCCCCGAGUGGGCCUUCCUCUGCGAGGAGCCGCGUUUCUCGGAGCGCCGGAACGAGACCACCGCCAGGUGCCGCACCAGCGAGGGCCAAGCCGUGGAGGUGUCCUUCUGGCUCGUCGACCCGCCCGGCGUCUCCUACUUCACCUUCAACUGCCCCGGCCUCGACCCCUCCGUCUUCCACGAGAAGAAUCCGCCCUCCCUCGUCUGCGCCGAGGCCGCCUUCGUCCUCUUCACCCUCUCCUUCGGCGGCUCCAUCCACCACUUCGUCUACACAGCCGCCCCCGCGGGGAAGCAGUCGCUGCAACUGCUCCCGGACCUGGACCCCGACUCCACGCUCUUCAGAAGGUCGGGGUUCGGCCUCUUGCCCCUCGCCGACGGACGGCAGCACUACGCCGUGGUCUACAUCGACCGCGACUGCUUCGCCAGAGAUUUUGAUUGGUGGUUUCAUGCGCACGUCUACUCAUCUGAAACGCGGGCGUGGAGUCGCCACAGGCUGUCGUUGCGGCACCUAUCCCAGUCUGACAAGCUCAUGUGUUGCCGUCAUGGCUUGUCACGGCAGGUCAUUGUUGCAGGCUCACUGGGCUGGGUUGAUCUCAUGAGGGGUAUCCUCCUCCUUUGCAACCUGUUGGAUGGGAAUCCUGUCAUCAAAUUUAUCCCCUUCCCCGAAUCAAGGGUUAGCUUUCUCGACGACGAUGGCCACCCAGAGUACGCCCCUCAGUAUUUUUGCAAUGUUGCAUGCUACAACGAUGUCAUUAAAUUCAUCGAGGUAGAAUUCGACGACCCUGCUGUCAGGACAAGCGGCCAAGGUUGGAGAGCCACCGUGUGGAAUAGGAAAAUCUCUUCGGACAAGUGGGAGAUCUGCUCCAGAGUCGAUGUUGCUGACAUCUCAGUUGACCAAAGUUUUGCUGCUGUAUUGCCUGGGCUGUGGUGUGAUGAGACCCAAAAACUGGACUUGAAGAAACUGAUCCUCUAUAUCCCGCUGCCGAGCAGGCGGGAUGACCAUCUUUUUUACAUGAUGGCUAAGGUGAAUGUUGACGACGACACUGCCUGGGCCAUCGCAGUUGACAUGGAAAGGGCAGCUGUGGAAGCAAUAGCCCCGUUCUCUCUUGGACGGUACAAGUACCACCUUGCAAUGUACUGUGCAUGCGACUUCCCCAAGUACCUCAACAUGACCCCAGGGGCAGACAAUGAUAAUCCAGCGGACAAGUGCUCUAAGCGGAUGACUGCUGCCAGGUUGAGUGCAAAGCAGUGUGUGGUGCAAGUGCUGCGGACUCUAGACUGGCUUCAAGAACUUGAUCAAUGCUUGGAAAUUGAGAGGUCAACUGACAGCACCUACAGAUUGUUACUUCAGUUUUCUCCAGUAUCAUCUCUGCGUUCCAGUAUCAGACCAAUGGUAAAACAUGCUUCCUAUAAUGGUCAACGUGAAGCUGCAUGGAAGGCUGUGGAUUUUUGCCUAAGAGCUUUGGGAGAUUUCGACUUGGCUCUACAUGGAUCACCGAGUGAACCAUCAGCGUCUGUUGAAGUCAUGCGUAGCAAAAUCAGUGAUGUCAUUCAAGCUUUGGACAACAUCAUGCAAAUUCUGCCAUCAACACUGAUACGAAAAGAAAGGAUGCUUGGAGAUGCCAGCGACCAAAGAAGAUCAAAGGCAACAUCUGAAACUUGUGAGAAGCCAAUCGAGACAAAGAAUACAUUCCGUGGGUGGCUGCAAGUGAUAUUCAAGCCCAUUCAUCAGGAGAGGUAUCAACAUCGCAGGAGAUGGAGGAAAGCUAGCCGUGAACAACGAGCUGUGGUCGAUACGAAUGAUACACAUGACAAGUGGCAGCAAGGGAAAUUCAAGCAUGGCAACUCUCGAAGGGAAAAGGCAAUUGGUAGAGGCUAGGGUUCUACCAGGUCUCGGACGUAGGUUGUAGGGGUGGAAGUGCGGGUUGCGAGGUUGGGGACGC